UUAACAUGCCACACAUUCUUGUUAUAGCCACUUUCCAAUGUUUUCGGUUUCCUUUCUGUGCAGCCUCUAAGCUACCAUGUCCGACUUCUCAACUCUUAAGCCAAGUUUGUUCCCAUUUCUUCAAUCAAUGUUUCACCAUUCUUUCAACUCUUUUCUGGUUUAAAUCAUCAUUUUUAUCUAAUAAACCCCAUUUUCUUUCAUGUUAAUCGAGACAUUUGGCACUUCAUUGGCAUAAUUUGGUGGGCUUUGUGGGAUCUAAUUGAAGUUUCUUGGCAGUUUCCAUCUUGCUGACUGGCUCUCUAUCUGGAUCAGUUCCGAUCUUGUCCGUCUUUUAAAAGAAAUUAUAGCUGAUUGGUUUGGCUCACCAUUUGCUUUUCCUUGUGUUUAUCUGCAUAGAGCUCUGAGAUUUGAGUUUCAGUCUUGGAGUACUAUGCAUUUGGAUUUACCGGUGAGACAGUGAACUUUGAGAGAGCUUUCCUCCCAUGAUCCAAUUAAGACAAAAGAGUAAACAAACGAUGUUUUAAAUAGUUGUUCAUGCUUAACUGAUUGAUAUCUAUAAGUUGAUCCGUAUUUUCUUGCCCUCUCUCACUGUCUUUCUUUUCAUUGUGCAACUCAAUCCUUGAUUGUUUUUGCAUUUGCAAUAGAGCUUAAUUGCACUAUCUUACAGUAAAUGAUGGAGCCUCUACUUGCCAUUUUGAAUAGGGACUUGAAAUCAACAGAAUGUGUAGUUGAAGCAGUUUUGCCUGUAUUGAAACUCCUUUCUAUAGCUCUAAUUGGGCUUCUUCUUUCCCACCCAAAAAUCCAAAUGAUUCCAAGACCUACUCUUAAGCUUCUUAGCAAGCUUAUUUUUGUUCUAUUCUGGCCUUGUUUGAUAUUCACUCACCUUGGUCCAGUCAUUAGUGUGAAGAAAUUCAUUCAAUGGUGGUUUAUUCCAGUGAAUGUUGUCAUUAGUACAGCCAUUGGUUGCGUACUUGGGUUAUUAGUGGCAUUAAUAUGCAGGCCACCGCCUGAAUUCUUUCGUUUCACGGUGAUCACGACUGCUUUCGGAAACACGGGAAACAUUCCUCUUGCGGUUGUUUCAUCAGUGUGCCACAAUGAAGACAACCCUUUUGGCGAUACAUGCUAUGAUGGAAUUGCAUAUGCAUCAUUCUCCCAAUGGGUUUCUGUUGUUCUUGUUUACACUCUUGUUUAUCACAUGAUGGAGCCACCGAUGGAGUUCUAUGCGGUUGUCGAGGAAGGAGGUACUGAGAUUGAGGAAUUGCCAAGAAAUGAUAUCAGUACUCCACUUCUUCAUGAAGCUGAGUGGCCUGGAAUUGAGGACAGAGAAACCGAACACUGCAAAACACCCUUCAUAGCAAGGCUUUUUAAUAGCAUCUCUGGUGUAUCUCAGUCUGAUAUUCCGGAUGUUGAAACUACACAAGAGGAAAGUCCAAGUACCAAGUCAAAUAGGUGUUUGGCUGAGCCUAAGGUAGUUAAAAAGAUUAGAAUUGUUGCAGAACGUACGCCGAUCCAUCAUAUUCUUCAGCCUCCUUUGGUUGCCACUGUAUUAGCUAUUCUUCUUGGGAUCAUUCCAAAAGUAAAAACCAUAGUUUUUGGUUCUGAUGCUCCUCUAGACUUCAUCACAGACAGCAUGGCCAUGAUUUCUGAGGCAAUGGUACCUGCAGUUAUGCUUGUUCUUGGAGGAAUGCUCAGGGAAGGACCAAAUGAAUCUAGACUUGGGAUUCGAACUACCAUUGGCAUCAUUGUUGCAAGGCUUUUGAUACUUCCGUUGGCUGGGAUUGGGGUAGUCUAUUUGGCUGACAGAUGGAAUUUUUUGAUCUCUGACAAUUCAUUGUACAGAUUUGUGCUUUUGCUGCAAUACACAACACCGAGUGCCAUAUUGUUAGGAGCAAUGGCGAGCUUGAGAGGUUAUGCAGUUAGGGAAGCUUCUGCUCUUCUGUUUUGGCAGCAUGUGUUUGCUCUGCUCUCUCUUUCAUUGUAUAUAUAUGUCUACUUGAAGUGGCUGGCUUCUUUCCUCUAAGGCCAAACAUCAAACUUUAAACCACGAUUAAGUUACUGGAAAUCUGAACUUGAACUGAAAGUGAGAACCGAUCAGUGAAGUUUUCAACAUUUGAUAAGCUGCAGGAAACUGUAAAGUCUAGGCACAUCUAUGCAACAGGAAACAGAAAAUAUCAACGAGUGUUGCCUUAUUUAAUCUGAGGGAUUUGUGAAAUGGAUUUUAGUCACGUUUGCCACAUAUGCAAGGAGUUAAGAUGAACUGCAAACUGCACAUGAAGCAACAAGCUGAAGAUUGUUUUGCCAUACAGAUCCAGUGCAGGCUAGAUAUUAAUGAUUCAGCAAUGAGAUUCUGAGGUAGAAACGAUGUUACAGCUGCAAAACUUCUUUGGCACGGGUGAUCUCUACUAUAGCCUUAUCAGCAUCGAGCAGCAGGUGAAGUUUUUGUGUCAAAAAUCUAUAAAAGAAUGAUUAUUUUUAAAACGUCUUGUGGGAUUCAUAUUCUUUCAAAUUCAUUCCAAUAUGUUCCUCCUUGCAUAAUCUCCCAAACAUCUGUUCUUGAAUGGCAGAUAUAUACAUGAGAGUAGGAUGUCGUGUAGUUUAUACAAUCUGUAGACUGAAAUGUCAAUAAUCCUCGUGGCAUCUGCAGCAUUCUAUGUAUCUACUAUCUCUUCAUUUUUAAGCUCUA